GUUAACCUGCACAUCACCGGAAGACGUCGAAUGAAACCCGCUGCUGUUUCAGCAGUCCAUAUAAUUUGUUUUUCUCUUGAAAUUAUUCAUUUAUAACAAAAUAAAUAUGUCGGACCCUGAGGAUGACUUCAUGUGCGAGGAGGAGGAAGAUUAUGGACUGGAGUACUCGGAGGAUUCAAACUCAGAGCCAGAUGUCGAUUUGGAAAAUCAAUACUACAACAGUAAAGCACUGAAGGAGGAUGAUCCUAAGGCGGCAUUAGCAAGUUUUCAAAAAGUUCUUGAUCUUGAGAAUGGGGACAAAGGAGAAUGGGGAUUUAAGGCACUCAAACAGAUGAUAAAGAUUAACUUUAAAUUGAAUAAUUACAGAGAGAUGAUGGCUAGGUACAAACAAUUGUUGACGUACAUCAAGAGUGCUGUUACGAGGAAUCACUCCGAGAAGUCAAUAAACUCGAUUCUGGAUUACAUUAGCACCUCGAAAAACAUGGAAUUGUUGCAAGACUUCUACGAAACCACACUGGAUGCCCUCAAGGACGCUAAAAAUGAUCGAUUAUGGUUCAAAACAAACACGAAAUUGGGGAAAUUGUACUUUGAUCGAUCCGAUUUUAAUAAGUUAGCAAAAAUAUUGAAACAAUUGCAUCAAAGUUGUCAGACUGACGAUGGAGAAGAUGAUCUGAAGAAAGGUACACAAUUGUUAGAGAUUUACGCUCUAGAGAUUCAGAUGUAUACAGCACAGAAGAAUAAUAAGAAAUUGAAGACACUUUAUGAACAGAGUCUGCAUAUUAAAAGUGCCAUUCCGCAUCCACUAAUUAUGGGCGUAAUUAGAGAAUGUGGAGGUAAAAUGCAUUUGAGGGAGGGUGAAUUUGAACGGGCGCAUACAGACUUUUUCGAAGCUUUCAAAAACUAUGAUGAGUCGGGUUCCCCGAGGCGCACGACGUGCUUAAAAUACCUCGUUCUUGCGAACAUGUUGAUGAAAUCCGGAAUAAAUCCUUUCGACUCUCAGGAGGCGAAACCCUACAAGAAUGACCCGGAAAUAUUAGCAAUGACGAACUUGGUCGUUAGUUAUCAAAAUAAUGACAUCAAUCAGUUCGAGUUAAUUCUCAAGCAAAAUAGGAAUAACAUCAUGGAUGAUCCAUUCAUCAGAGAACACAUUGAAGAUUUAUUACGUAAUAUACGGACUCAGGUUCUGAUCAAGCUCAUUAAGCCUUACACACGUAUCCACAUACCUUUUAUCAGCAAAGAAUUGAAUAUUGAUGUGUCUGAGGUUGAGAGCCUUCUCGUUUCUUGUAUUCUGGAUAGCACCAUUCGAGGGCGGAUUGAUCAGGUGAAUCAAGUACUCGAGCUCGACAAAAAAUCUCUCGGUGCUGCUCGCUACAAUGCCCUAGACAAAUGGACAAGUCAACUUCACUCACUCCACUUGGCUGUGGUAAACAAGAUGUCCUAAGUUUAACUGCGACUCAAAAAAACAUUAGCUGUUACCACUGUGAAUACGAAAUGAGCCCCAGUUUAACUCGGGUCGCUGCAGUUGAAUUCGAGAGUUAAACAAUAACGGAACAUGUGAGGACAAGAGAAUAAUAAUUAAUAAAAUUCAGCGUGAUAUUUUCUACUUAAAGAAAAAAACGAGAAAAGGGAAAUUAAAGCAACAGUAACCAGAGUGAACUUCAUAAGAUCAAUAAAAUCUGUUCUUUUGAUUUUUAUUGAUUUGAUUGAACUUUAUGGGCAGCACUGGGUUCAGUUUUCCAUUACUCUAACUCCAUCUUUAGAGUAGUUUUUUUCCUUUCACCCAUCGUUCCUUUAAUUGUUUGUCAGGAGUUAAUCACGAGGCACAAAAAUUUCGGAGGAGCCUAUUUAUCCUAUUGUUCAGUUUGAAACCAUCUGAAUAAUCAAUGAUUUAAAUUAAAAUUGUGGAACCUAUGUGUAUCUCAGAAUUUGUUUUACAGAGAUUGUUCAUUGUAGUCAGUUUGAAAACGAGGGGAGAGUCAGAUAGUGGACACUUCCGAGUGUGUUCUACAGGUACUCAUUUUUUAAAUAGGUCAGUAGAACUACCUCACCCUCAAUUCAUUACAAGAGAGCACUUUUUUAUACAAACAAAUGAUUCCAUUUAACCGACGGUUUGAUUGGCCAUGGAAAUUGAGAAAAAAAUCAAGUGUUUAUUUCAAUAAAUCAAGUUUAAAUUUU